GUAGCUCGUUUUCAAAUCAAAGCUAUCUACAUCACAGUUUUCCCACGACAAGAUAGUUGUUCUUGAAAUACUCAAAUAAAAAACAAACAAAUAAAACAACUGACGAGUUCAGGACAGAUAUUAAAAAAAAUAUUUUAAUAUUUCGACGCAACAUUGUGAUUCAGGAUAAUGGAAUCGGUGAUGGUCCAUGCGAACGCGACGGGGGACUGCGGGUCGGUGCCCGUUCUGUGUUGCCAUUUGUGCGGUGGCGACAGCGAUUUGCGCCGCUUCAGGGGCACCUACAACUGGAAUGGUAUAGAGGAACAGUACGAUCUGAUGCUCAACGAGUGCUUUGGCGUUGAAGUACCAAGAUUAGACUGCAUGAUAUGUGAAAAUUGUAUUCAUCAAUUACGAAACGCGAAAAGAUUUAGGAAUAUGGUGAACGCUGCUUUUGUGAAGCCACAAAGCGAAAGUCAAAUGAGUAACGGCUCAAAAACAACAUUUCAUAAAAUGUUCUCAAAUACAAAAUUCGACAGUGAAUUUAUCUGUCCAAAAAAAGAAACAACGAAAGAUUCAAAGCCCAAAUCGACCACAGAUCAUGAUAAGAAACGCCCCGAGAAACGACGAUAUAUCGAAACGAACGUUAAAACUAAGAAAGCCAACGUAUCUUGUAGUGUUUGUAAUCAACGUUACCCAAUGAUCGUCCCGUUUGAGGGCGUCAAGAAAUUUAUAUGUUCUCGAUGCAAGAAAAACGCCGAAACUUAUGGCGUUUGUAAAAAAUGUAAUAUGAGGUUACCCAUGAGCCAAAUGUCAGAACACAUGAAGACGCACGCCAAAACAAAAUUAAAAGGAAGAAACAAAUUAUCAACAGGAGCUAAAAUAAUGCCAUCUCUAUCGAAAACAGACAACUUAUCAAGAACACAGACAUACGUGAAGUAUCCAAAAAAAUAUCAAUGCAGUCAUUGCCCGAAGAAGUACAUUGUGCCGAAACAUCUUGCACAUCAUAUAAAUACUGUUCAUGGCGAGAUUUUGGACUGCACAUGCACUGUAUGCGGCAAGGAUUUGAAAACUAGGGAGUUAUUGGACAAACAUAUGAGAUCGCACACGGGCCAGCCGAUAUUCCAAUGUCAGAAAUGUAUGAAAAUAUUCAAAAGCCAACGCAGUCUUCAAUCACAUUUUUUGACACAUCAAAAAUGUUAGAUGUUGUCUAUGGUCUCGCAGCGGUAAAAGUUUGAAAUUACAGCCGUAUGGGCGUUGUUGACGAAAUUUGGAUGUUGGAAGCAAUUAUUCCUAGAAUAACGAACCAUUAAUUUUGACAGACAUUUAUUUUUUAUCAACUUAUACAAAUUAGAAAUCGCUUCUUAAAAUAUUCAAAAGUACCCAUACUUAAUUUGUGAUCUUGUUUAAAAUAGUGUUUCGUGAAUAAACAACAUGUGCACGGAAUAAUAUUUGAAAUGCGAUCCCAAAUUUCAAAUGGUGUGGCGUAUUUUUAAUUUUAGAAACGAAGCGAAAUCAAUCCCUUUUAGGGUUAAAUUGUUUGUCGAAUCUGUUUGAAUAAAUUUGAUUUGUGA